UUUGGGUUCAAUUGCAAGUUGUUAUGGAGAUUGUAAUGGGUCUAGUCCUCCGACCCUAAAGUUUUUGAUAUACUGAUUGAUGGGUAUGUGAAAAUGGGCCUCUUGGAUGAAGCUGCUGGUAUUGUCUCAGGGCCUGAAGGUUUGUCAUGCAAUGUCUGAGGCAAAUAUGGCUUUUGAUGUUUAUGCUUAUAACAGUAUGAUCAAGGCACAUAGUAAGGUUGGGAAUGUUAAGGAGGUAAGAAGAGUGCUUGAUGAAAUGCGGAUAAAGGGUUGUGAUACAAAUGUUGUGACCUACAAUAUGGUCAUUGGAGGUUUGUGCAGAGCUGGAUUCCUUGAAGAAGCCAUUGAGGUGAAGAAAUCUAUUUUUGAGCAUGGGUUAGUCCCUGAUAGUUACACUUAUGCCACUCUUAUUAAUGGGUUUAUUGCGCAGAAGAGACCCACAGAGGCGAAAAUGGUGUUAGCAGAGAUCACUGAUUUGGGUCUAAAGCCCGACCUAAUUGUCUACCAUGCUUUGAUUCAUGGGUGUAUUAAACUGGGUGAUAUAGAUGAGGCUUUUCGGGUUAGGAAUGAAAUGCUCACUAGUGGUGUACAAGAAAAUUUGAUUGUAUAUAAUACACUUCUCAACGGAGUUUGUAAGGUUGGUAUGAUGGAGAAGGCACUAGAACUCAUGAAUGAGAUGAUUCAAAAGGGCUUAAAACCUGAUUCCAGAACUUGUAAUAUGUUGAUUGAGGGAUUUUGUAGAAAGUCUGAUAUGACUGGUGCUUUUAAACUACUAGAACAGAUGAAGAGGGGUGGUUUGGCACCCUCACUGAUUACAUAUGGUAUAAUAAUUAAUGGGCUAUGUCGUAGUGGUGAUCUCCAGCAGGCCAGGUACAUUUUUGAAGAAAUGGUUGCAAAGGGUCUUAAACCAAAUGCUGUAGUCUACACAAGUCUUAUUGCAGCCCAUGGUCAAGAAGGUAGAUUUGAAGAAUCAAGAAGGAUUUUUGAUGAAAUGAAGGAGCAAGGUAUUGCACCAGAUGUUUUUUGCUACAAUUCUCUUUUAGUUGGUCUUUGCAGAGGGCAGAAGAUGGAGGAAGCUAGGUAUUACUUGGUUGAAAUGUUGGAGAGAGGCUUAAAGCCAAAUGCUCAUACUUAUGGAGCUUUUAUUGAUGGCCAUGCCAAGAUGGGGGAGAUGCAAAUUGCAGAUAGGUGCUUUAACGACAUGCUUGGAAAUGGUCUAACCCCAACUGGUGGAGUCUAUGCAGCAUUAAUUGAUGGGCACUGCAAGAAGGGGAAUAUAACAGAAUCAUUCUCGGUGUUUAGACGCAUGCUUGCAGGAAAGUUUUUUCCCGAUGUUCAGACCUAUGGUGUGCUGAUACAAUGUCUCUCAAGGAAUGGAAAACUGGAAGAAGCUACCAGGGUCUUUGAUGAACUCUGUUCUAUAGGUCUGGUUCCUGAUACAUUUAUUUACAACUCUCUCAUUUUAGGCUUAUGUAAACAUGGUGAUAUAGAGAAGGCUUUUCUUCUUCUUGAAGAGAUGCAUGCAAAAGGGAUCACCACAAACAUUGCUAGUUAUAACAUCUUAAUCAAUGGGCUAUUCAAGGCGGGUGAAACUGAUAGAGCCAAAAGUUUGUUUGAUGGCAUGUUACAAGCUGGUUUGAAACCAAAUGCUGUAACAUAUGCCACAAUGAUAGAUGGUUGUUGCAAAUCUGGGAAUAUAAAUGCAGCAUUUACAUUGUUCGAUGAGAUGUCAGUGAGGGGAAUCUCACCUGAUAAGUUUGCCUAUAAUGCCCUCUUAGAUGGCUGUUGCAAGGAAGGAAGAUUGGAAAAAGCUCUGGACUUGUUUCAACAAAUGUGGCAGAUGGGUUUUGCAUCUACUGUCUCUUACAACAUAUUGAUUGGUGGGUUUUGCAGGAGUUCAAAGCUGCAAGAAGCAAAUUGCAUGUUAGAAGAAAUGAUAGAGAAGCAGGUAAUGCCUAAUCACAUCACAUACACAACUCUUAUUGAUGGGCAUUGCAAGAAGGGAAUGAUGGAAGAGGCAAAACGGCUCUUUUUGGAGAUGCUGGAGAGGAAUUUGAACCCUACCACCAUAACAUAUACAACACUUCUUCUUGGUUACAAAAUGAUAGGUGAUAAAAACAAGGUUUUUGCAUUAUUUGAAGAGAUGGACGCUAAGGGCAUCAAGCCUGAUGAAAUCACCUAUUAUGCAAUGCUCGAUGCACACUGUGAAGAAGGAAACUUGAACGAGGCAUUCAAGGUAAGGAGCAAGAUAUUGGAGAAUGGCAUGCAGGUGAAUGUAGCUUGUUAUGAGGCGCUAACACAAGCUCUUUGCAAGAAUUCAGACUACUCUGAUGCUUUGAGGUUGCUUGACGAAAUGGGAGAGAGUGGACAAAGGCUCAGUCUUGCUACAUGUAAUGCUAUAGCUCGAGGUUUUCAAAUGGCUGGCGACAUGGACAACGCGACAAAGGUUUUAGAGAGUAUGGUGAGGUUUGGAUGGGUUCCAGACUCAACCACGUUAAAUGAACUAACAGAAGCAAAUCUUUUGGAAGCUGCAGGAAACUAGACUGAUGCAAAUUCUGAGAACAUAGUCAAUCUUCAGACUUGAAUAGCUUAGAAUUUAACUUUACUUGCUAGGGCCAACCUCCACCAUGAAGAACUAAUUUGGGGCUCGUUGCUAAUUCAUUGGAUCCAUGUUCUUUUGGGGGCAAGCACCAAGCUGGAUAAAGGGCAUCCCGUGUAGCAUUGGCAAUUGUGAUGUAUGCCAGUUCUGGUUCAAUUCCAGCAGGCUGCUGCCUCUUUCUCUAACCAAUUUUCCAGGUUCAAGAAUUCGAAGGUAACAGAAGUGUGUUAAUUUACCUUGCCUUCAUACUAGAGCAAACGCCCUAGUUUGGGACCUAGUAACGUUCCAUAUUCUGUACAUUUUAGGUUUAGUAACCAGUUACAGGAUUCAAGUGGUAGAUCCUCCAGCAAUUAUAUAAUUUUGAGCUUGUCAGAAGUUCUCACCAAGGAGGAUACUCUUUCUUUCCUCCUUACUAUUAUUAUUAUUAUUAUUAUUGGUUGGGUAGAACCGAGGAGGAUACUUAACCUGAUUUAGAUAGUUGAUAUUAUUUAGAUUGGAGCACAGUGCUCUAGUCUCGCAUUUACUCUGUAUCCUCUUUUGUAGAUAUGACAUAUAUGUUACAUGUAAAUGUUAUUAUUUAUCCAAAAAUGCCAUUAUAGAUGAGUGCGAUUUUGUUCCCCCCCUUUAACUGGGAUGAACGUGACCCCUAGUUAGUAUAGGAGUAAAAAAGUUAUUUGGGAGUGGAUCUCUCUCAAACCCACCCUAUUUCUCUCUCCUCUCCUCUCUCUCCCUUUUCCUCUUCUUCUCCAGCAAAUGCCUCUCGCCGCCAACCCUCUCGCUGUUGCCGCCAUCGCCGCCGACCCUCUUGCUGCCUCACCUUGUCACCUGGUGCCUCACUGCCUCUUCGUGGUGAGGGAGGAUCCAGUGGUGGUCGGCACGUAGGCGGCGAGAGGAAGGCGACAACAGGCUUGUUGGAGAAAAAGAGAGAAGGGGAGAGAGGAGAAAUGAGAGAGAAUGAGAAAGAAGCAUUCAAAAUUGACGAAGGCCCCAUAACACUAACUGGGGUCACGUUCACCCCAGUUAAAGGGGGUGAACAAAAUUGCACUCGUUAUAGAC